AUGUCGUUCGCAAACAUUGAUCUUGAAGCCCAAAAGCAGCCACUUUUGCGCAAGACUCACGCGUCAAACCAUGCAACUACAGAUAUAGGGGGAAAUUCAAGUGCUAGCAGUAAUAAAAACUACGGUAGCAACAAUAUUAGCGGUAGUAACAAUAUUAGCGGUAGUAACAAUAAUGGUAACAACAAUGCUGUUGGUGGUGUUGCUGUUGGUGUUGCUGUUGGUCCUAACGGUAAUGAUAAUAAUGAUGAUCCGUUAGACACGAUUAUUCACAAAACAUCAAUAGAGUUGCAGAAUCUCAGCCAGCUUAUAUCGCAAUUUGAUAAUCAGAGAAGACAACUUGGUACCAAAAGAGACUGCGUUGAGCUUCGACGAAAUAUCGAAACCUCGACUACAAACAUUACUGAACUUUUACGGGCCAUCGAAGCGCUAGUGGUCAGAUUGACAACUCUAGUAAAUUCUGCUCAUGGUAGUCGAGAUAGUAACCAUAACCAAGAAAGAAAAGAAGUUGGUAAGGUUAAGGUUUCGAGUCGGCAGAUUAUGAUGAAAGAGAAAUUGACAAGUGAGUUUCUGGAGUUGGAGAAGAAGUUUGCCAAUCUGAAAAAAUUGUUUGAUGAAAAGAAAAAAGUAUUUGUGAUUCCGCAAACCCAUACUGUUUCUGAGAAUGGGAGGAGUGGUGUUGGACAAGGCAUCGAAGAUGAAAGUCCGAAUCAGCUGCAAAUACAAAUGCAAGUGCAAGAGAAUGAAGAUCCAGAAUUGGUUGAGCAAACGGAAUUGCAAUACCAUUUGCUUUUGACGGAAGAGAGAAACAGGGAGAUUGAACAAGUGGCCAACGGUGUGAUGGAGGUUAACUCGAUUUUCAAAGACCUUAAUCAGUUAUUGCAUCAGCAAGGUGAACAAAUAAACACUGUUGAAGACAAUAUUCUACAAUUGCAUGGCCAUACACAACAAGCAGAUCGCGAGCUACAUAAAGCACACGAAUAUCAAAAGAAAAAGGGUCGCUGGUCUUGUAUCUUUCUAGUUGCCAUCUGCGUCUUUGUUCUUAUCGUAGUGCUUGUUGUCCUCAGUUAG